GACCUGGGUCUCGAGGGGACUCUCCUCACUGACAUCCUCUACAGGAAUGUGGCUGUCCUCAACCUGGUGGACCCCAUCUCCCACGACCUGCUUGUGAACCUGGCCCGGGACCUGCAGUGCCCCAAGAAGGACCGUGAGCUGUGGAAGUCCUCCGACAAGAUCUGCCGGCAGCUCAUCUACCACCUCACCCCUCAUUCCAAGCGGCAGCGAGGGUCCGGCCUGCCCCAGAGGGAGAGCCAGAGCUGCCUGAAGAGUAGCCUCCAGAAGACGCCGCAGGCCGGGGAGACUGUGGACCUGUCGGGCAUCCCGCUGUCGGCGCGGGACGUGCAACACAUCACACGCUACCUGGGCAGCCGUGGCGCCGGGCUGGCGGUGCUGGACCUGAGCUUCACGGGGCUGAGUGACGAGCUGCUACGUCUGCUGCUGCCUAGCCUGGGGACACUGCCCCGCCUCACCCAGCUCCUGCUCAACGGCAACCGGCUGACACGGGCCGCCGCCCGCGAGCUCACCGAGGCCGUCAAGGACACCAGCAAGUUCCCUGCGCUGGCCUGGGUGGACCUAGGCAACAACGUGGACGUGGCCUCCCUGCCCCAGCCCCUGCUGGUCGGCCUACGGCGACGGCUGAGUCAGCGCACUUCACUGCCUACCAUCUACGAGGGGCUGGACCUCGAGCCUGGGGGCGGAGGGUCCGGGGCCACCACCGCUGCCUCCACGUGGGGAUGCACAGCUGCCGGGCCUGGGCCUGAGCCUCAGGCCUGCUGUGCCAGGUGACCCGCCACCCACUGGACUCACUGCUCCUGGUGGACGCCUGGCGAUGGAGGCCCGGGGGGGGGUCCCAGGUCCUCGGUCCUCAGCCUGGGGUUGAGGGGGCAGAAGAACGGGCUCAUGGGACACGAUGACCAGCCAGGCUGGAGUCCCGGCCUUCUCUGCAAGAGGGGUCCCCGGCACCCCCCAGGGCAGACCCCACAAUAAAGGGCGAUGAUGCACA